AUGAGUGACCCGAAUGGGAGGUCUGCGCCAGGGGAGAUCAAUUCUCUCCUGAUAUGGCAGCAACCGCAUGUAUUCUACUUUGCGGAGUUGGAGUAUCGGUCUGCUGCAGCGGGGAGCUUAAAGGCGCGAGAUGCGAUGCGGGUUUUUACGAAGUGGGAUGCACUUCUGACUCAGUCGGCUGAUUUCAUGGUUUAUUUCGCAUUCUGGAACUCGUCGACCGGGUUUUAUGAUCUAGGUCCGCCUAUGUAUCCGGUCUCGGAGAAUACACCGCCGAACAGCACCCGCAGUCCGACGUUCGAGCUGACCUAUUGGUAUUUUGGGAUCGACGUGGCGAUCCGCUGGAAAGAGAGGUUAGGACAAUCUGUCCCGAAUAGGUGGGAGCAUGUCCUCGAGAACCUGGCGCCGUUGCCUACAGUGGAAGUAAUCACCCUGUCUGGGAAGGAAGAUAUCACGUAUACAUUGUAUGAAGGCAUUCCUGAUAUGUGGACUGAUCCUGAAACGGUAACGGAUCACCCGGCACUUACGGGGAUCUACGGGUUACUGCCUCCUCUUGCGGUGGUGAACAGGACCAUUGCCGCGGCCACCGCGGCGCAAGUCGCGCGGACAUGGAAUUUCACGGAUUGUUGGGGGUGGGAUUUUCCUAUGCUGGCCAUAAAUGCGGCUCGAUUAGGCAAUGUCGAGGCUGCGGCGAGGUACCUGGUUCAUCCGAAUUUUCAGUUUGGCGAUGUCGGCAUGCCGGUUGGGCCGAUGCGCAAUGUGCCCACGCCGUAUUCCCCUAGUAGUGCGGGACUAUUACUCGCCGCGGGAAUGCUGGCGGGAGGUUGGGAGAAAGCGAAUGACACAAUCUUGCAGAGAAUCCCUGGCUUUCCGGUCGAAUGGAAUGCCUUGGCUGAGGGAUUCUUGCCGAUGUUUUGA